AUGAAAUCAUACUUGUAUGCGCAAGAUGAACAUGUAUGGAACAUUGUGGAAAAUGGCUGGAAGACACCAACAAUUCCAGCUAAAGGCGAGGGCUCAUCGGUCUCUAUUCCUAAGCCACGGAAGGACUGGACUGAAGUAGAAGUACGUGAUCUUCAAGCUGACUUCAAAGCAAAAAAUAGCAUUUUCACUGCUCUCUCUGAACGUGAAAAGCUAAGGAUUAGUCACUGCGACACUGCAAAACAAGCUUGGGAUCUGUUACAGACUACAUAUGAAGGAAACAAAAAGGUACGUGCACAAAAACUGCAAGGUUUGAUUUAUGAAUUUGAAACUAUGGCCAUGGGAGAUGAUGAAACCGUGGAUGACUUUCAUGGUAGAAUCCUAAAGAUUACUAGUCAAUGUCGUAGUCUAGGUGCCCCUUUUGAUGAAGAUAAGGUUGUCAAGAAAAUACUUAGAGCCUUACCAGAAAAGUUUCACUCUAAAGUCACUAGUAUUGAGGACUCUUUUGACAUUGAUGAAUACCCUUUGGAUGAACUCAUUGGAAAUCUGAAAACUUAUGAACUAAGACUAAAACCUGAAAAGAAAUCCAAAGGUGUGGCUUUCAAGGCUGUGAAAGGGAAAGAAGAGGAAGAUGAACCACUUGAUCUUGCUCUUCUGACCAAAGAGAAGCAUGGAAAUAGCAACAAUAAAUCCCUCCUCUCGACAUGGAGUGAUGAUGAACAUCAGGAGGUCGAAAAUGUUGCCUUCGUGUCGUCUCUUUCACUUGAAUCUGAAAGUGAUGAAGAAUUCUCAGAUGAUGAGACCAAUAAAGAGCUGAAGUCCACUCAAGAGAAGUUCACAAAGUUUGAGAUAAGCUCUGCAACAGCAUCUAGGUUGUUCAACUCCGGAAAAGCCCACCACGAUACAUUCGGACUUGGAUAUUCUGGAGAAAACUCCAAAGGCACACACUUUGUGAGAGAAUCCAAUUCGGAAGUGGAGAAAGGUGAUCCAAGCACCCAAGUCAUCAAGGACACUAUCACAAGGGCUGACAAGGAACCAAAAUCCUCUCAGAAAGUCACUCAUGCAAGGAUGAAUCAGAUGUUUCCGACUGAUCAUAACAGGUAUGCAACUCUUAAGUCUUUUAUUCCUACAUGUCAUUACUAUGGUAAAUUAGGACAUAUCAGACCAAGAUGUAAUGAGAGACUUAAGUCAAUUCCAUCUGGUGAGGAAAAGCUAUUUGUAAAAUCUUUACAUUGUGAACUUAAAGAGCAGAAAGAGCUUAUCAACAAAUUGGCUAACCUGAUUUCUAAAGCAAACAUGCAGAAUAGAGAUAAACCUGUCUGGAUUAGAAAGGACUUGAAUAAUCAGCGUUCUAAUCACUCUGAUUCUACUGACUCUAUUAGUGAUAUCUGUCUCAUGACAAGUGUAAGUACAGGUAAUUCUUCAACAUAUAUUGAGGCAACCUGCCUGGUAGCACUCACUGCCUUGGCUGACAAGCGAAAGGAUUUCUGA